AUGGCUCCUCUAAACGCCGCCGUGAAAGUUCGGCCUAUCGACGCAAAUGCAGGACCGAAAGACAAGGAUCGUCAUAAUAAGCUCUAUGCAGGCAACGUUGAUCCUGACUGGACAGUUGGGAGUGUCACCAACGGCGGAUAUGCCCUUGCCCUAGUUUUGGAGGCUUGUAUGCAGUUCCAGUCAACAACUUCUCAUGUCGACCCAAUUCAUAUCACCGCUCACUUCCUGAGGGCGACAGUACCCUCUCCGUUCACAGUCCGUGUUCGGACAGUGAAGAUUGGUGCAGGCUUCACCAAUUUGACUGCUGACUUUAUGCAAGAGGGAAUGACGAAGAUUAUGACCCAUGCCAUCUUUGGACUGAAUGGACCUUCCCCAACAGACAAGCUAAACUUGUCUCUUAACCCACCUUCUCCAUAUGCACGUCGACAUCCGCUGCAUUCGCAUCCUUCCCAAGCUCCUUUGAAACCUAUGGAUCCCAGGUGGAGGUUUCAUGAAUAUGUCAAGUGCACCGAAGAAACGGAGAUUCGCUCGAGAAACAGCCCUGAUCACCCCAAGCGCACAAACAGCUCUACUGUUGGCGGUGGAGGGCUUGAGUGGGGCUCAUGGCUCGAGCUUGUUGACAAAAGCGAGAGGAUCACUAACCCCGCCCUGGCAUUCCUCGUGGAUAUAUUUUCGAACACUCCAACUCUCUUGCCCAGGAGCGAACGCCCUGGUCUAGAAAUAAGUUGGUUCCCAACGAUGACACUUUCCAUUGAGUUCAAGAACAAGAUCCCGCCACCCUCUUCGUCACACGCAGACCGGACUGUUGGCAUUUACUCUAGCGGCUCAUUUAUGACGCCGCCUCAGGGAAGACACGACGUCUACGUGGAAGUUUGGUCUGCACCGACCAACAUCGGAGAAGGUGACCCACGGGAGAACUGGCGAGAUGACCAAGUCUGUCUAGCAGUAGCCACGCAGAUGGCCCUCGCCCUCCCUAUGGAGGUGAAUGAGAGAAAAGGAAGGUUAUCGUUUACGAAAUUGUAA